AAAGGUGGGAGACCCACAUCACUACACUAUUCCCAAUUAGUUGACAUGAAAAGUCUCUAUUUAGUGAUGCUUUUUAUCUUUUUAAGUGUGGUGUUGCUUCAAUGAAGGUGUUCUUCCAUUCUCCCACAUUAUUGUUUCUUGGCAUCUUCCUUAACUGUUCCUAAUUUGUCUUGUAUUUAUUGGCAAACAUUUGAUUUGACUCUGUGUGGUGUGGUGAGGUCUAUUCACUCUGAUUUUGUAAUUUGUUUUUGAUCAAGAAACUUCCUGUGUACCUUUUCUUGAUUAUCUUUGAAACAAACAGCAUACCCAGAAAAAAAAAAUUGAAUUUUUCAGGUUUUUUUUUUUGUUUUAUCUUUAUUUUUUAUAAAAAGAUUGAUUUCCUCUUUCCAGAAGAUGGGUUUCUAAAAGAUUGAACAUUUAUCAUUUUGGGUACAAUUCUGAAUUAGGGUUUUUUUUUUUUUUUUUAAUGAACUUCAACAAAGUAGAAUUUCUGGUUAUUUUGGGUGUUUUCAGCUAAGCAGAGUCCCUGUGUUCAUCACAAUCAAUAGAAUUAGGAUUGCUCUUUUUUACUAAUGGGGACUAAUGUUACUGAAGUUGUGGAUAGGUUCCCAUCACCAUAUGACAUCAAGGUGCAUAGUGUUAUGUGCACACAGUUAAUUAAAUUGGUGGACCGGGUUAGUCGAAUAAUCCCGGAGAUAGAAGCUGCAAAGCCUCGAUGCUCGUCUGGGCUCGAUUGUCUUUGCUCUUUAACUAACGACCUUGAUAAAGCCAAAGAGUUGAUUCGAGACUGCUGCGAGUCGAGUAAACUUUACUUGGCACUGAAGGGAAAUACGGUUUUGUCAAGAUGUAACCAGUUAAAGAACGCGCUGGAAAAGAAUUUACGCGAGAUUCAAAAUAUGGUCCUUGUGAUGCUUGCAUCAAAGAUUGCGCAGAUAAUCGGGGAGCUUAGUGUGGUCAAAUUUAGUUUAAAUCCAUCAGAAGAAGAAGCAGGGAAAGCUGUUAAAUCAUUACUGUCAGGAAACUGUUCAGACGAAGAAUCCGAAAAGGAGUGCAUUCGAAUAGCCGCUCAAAAGCUUCAGAUUACGUCCCAAAAAGCUCUUUUACUCGAACGUAGAUCCAUCAGGAAACUUGAAGAACAACUUGAUGAAGGAAGCAACAAACAACAACAACAAAAGAAGCAGAUUCUACAGUACCUUUUACGGUAUCUUAAUAAGCAUGGAAAAUUUAUUACAUCCGGACCCAUAGAGAAUGAUAACAAUGUGCAAAAUCAAGAUUACCGGUCCCAAACGGUUGACUUUCAUGUUGACCGUGAGACGGAUAUGUCGGCCACACCACCUGAAGAGUUCAAGUGUUCCCUUUCUCACAAACUAAUGUACGAUCCUGUUGUCAUUGAUUCGGGUCAAACGUUUGAAAGAACGUGGAUACAGAAAUGGUUGGAAGAAGGUCACGAUACAUGCCCGAAAACUAAUAAGAAGUUAUCAAACCGUUUAUUGAUGCCAAAUACCGCCAUGAAGGAGCAAAUUUCAAACUGGUGUGGAGCUAAUGGAAUCACCGUUUUGGAUCCAUUUAUUCCGAUUUCUAAUGAUUCUAACAAUUGGGAAGAUUCUUGUUCCUCAAUUGAUAGUUUAAGUUCUAUGUAUAGUCGUCUUCAACUUCCCAUUGAUUAUAGUAGUUCAUCAAUGGGUUCUUUCACUUCUUUGGAAUAUGGUGGUGGUGUUGAAGAUACACCGGAAGUUGAUGAUAAAUUAUCUACAGAAAUAGAUGAUGCACUUCCAUGGGAGUCUCGGUGCAAGUUUGUUGAAGAUCUCAUGACCCGUUUGGAAAAUGAUGAUCGAGCUUGCAAAUCGAUUUCUUGCGAGACCUUCGUGGGAUCGCUAGUGAGAUUCUUGAAGGUGUCACGCGACAUUAACGAUGUGAAAGCUCAAAGGAUUGGAUGUUCGUUGUUGCAAGUCUUGGUCACUAAAUGCAGAAGUAUACAAUACUUAAACAAAGAUGCAUACCAGUUAAUAGCUGAGUUUCUUGAAUCAGAAGUAACAGAAGAAGCUCUUGCCAUUACAGAAGAGUUAUCCGCCUGCCAAAACUGUCGAUCCGAAAUUGCGUCUUCAGGUUCUCUCACUUAUAUUUUCAAGAUUCUCGAUACCCGAAUCAGAGAAAUUCAAAUACCGGCCCUCAAGAUUCUCUAUAACCUGACUUCAACAAGAAACGUUCGUUCUUUAAUCGUUUCUUCCGAACUAAUCCCGAAACUUGUCACGCUUUCCGAAGAUGAUUCACUCUCCCGAUACUGCAUAGCAAUCUUGACUAAUUUCUGUGAAAAUGAAGAUGACAAAAACAUUAUUGCAGAGACCAAGGGGUGCAUAUCUGUUGUUGCUAAAGCUCUUGAUAGCGACAACCGUGAGGAACAAGAACACGCGUUGGAUAUUCUUCUCUCGUUAUGCUCGCACAGUAUUCAAUACCGCCGGUUAGUGAUGGAUGAAGAUGUGUAUUCGCCUUUGGCUUUACUUUCCAGUAAUGCGAAUGAUAAAGGGAAAGCAAAAGCACGUGCGAUGAUUCGGCUUUUGGGAGAUACAGAUCCUUAAGAUUAUGUAGAGCCGUAGAAGAAUCUGCUGUUUCAAAGGACUCAAAUAGUUUGCAUGAUCAUCUAUUUUUCUGGGCAGUUUUACAUGGUUUGAUUUAAUAACUCCCAGUUUUUUUUUUUCGGGUUUGUAAUCAUUUGUGCAUAUCACUUGUGGUAGAAUCCAACUUGCGUCACGGUUCAUCUUGCUGAUUGAAAAAUUGUAAAUGAUAACUGGUUGUUUAGUUGACAAUAGGAAUUGGUUUGUAGCCGUGUGAAGAACUGGUUUUGUUGGUUCAAAUGUUUGGUUUGAAUACAUUUUGUUUUUGUUGGUUGUUCAUUAGAUCAUGUUUGUAACUGAAAUUCACUAUUUCAUGAACA